AUGGAGAAUAAAAAGGUUGCUGCAACGAAAGACGAGAAUGAAGUAGAUGAUUGGGAUAUAUACAAGGAGGUUAUUGGUGGCCCAAGUCAUGGUCAUAUCCUUGGCUUAGGUGGUGGCUAUAGUACAAAAGAUGUGUAUCCCUUAGAUGACCAAGGUUGUAAUAAACGUAUAUACUCAGAACGUAAAUAA